GUGGACAAAAUCUGCAGCAAACAAACACGAGCGCAGAGAAGAAAACACCCGGGAACUUAUCGACAACAACACACCUGUCGGGUUUCUCUCAUUCAAUCAGAAGAUGUUGAGGAGGAAACCGACUCGUCUGGAGCUGAAGAUCGACGACACCGAAGAGUUCGAGAGCGUCAAGAAAGAGCUCGAGGCCAGGAAGCGUCAACGAGAGGAGGCGGAGUCAGGAGGUGGUGUGGGCGGGACCUCUGUCAUCAGCGUUGACAUCAUCGGGGGCGGGGCCUCAGCUUCUUCCUCAACAGCCGCAUCGAGGGCGGAGCUUAUAAACGAGCGAAUCGGCUACAAGCCACACCCCAAACCGGCCACGCUGCCGACCUUAUUUGGAAGUUUACAGUUUUAAUAAGAAAAUAAAAAAUUAAAGACGAUUAAACGUUUUCAUUGUUUUUUAUUAAA